AUGACGGACAAUAUCUCCGAGCUCUUGUUGCCCACCUGGCUCGUUCUCAGAGACCACAAGCCCAUCGAAUAUGACAAAAGUGAAGAUAAUUUGACUCAAAUUAACGAUGAAGAACAAAAAUUUGAGCAGCUAGACGGUAUUACCGGGAAAUGGAGUAUCAUUGUUGGUGAAACACGCAUGACAAAAUGA